AUGUUUUUGUCACAAACGCGAGGGCGGCUGCCCUCAGCUCUGAGAGCUUUCCAGAGUACCCAAUUUGCCUCGCGCUCGCUUUCCACGACACUCCCCCGUCGAAAGGACGAUGAGGUCCUCAACAAGGUUUCACGGACCAUCACACAGCCCAUCUCCCAGGGCGCUUCUCAGGCCAUGUUGUACGCUACGGGGCUGUCGGAGUCUGAUAUGAACAAAGCCCAGGUGGGAAUUUCGUCGGUCUGGCUUACAGGAAACCCAUGCAACAUGCAUCUGCUAGAGCUCAAUAACCUGGUCCGAGAGGGUGUCGAGAAGGCCGGGUUGAUCGGAUACCAAUUCAACACCGUUGGUGUCAGCGAUGGAAUCAGUAUGGGUACCAAGGGAAUGCGGUUCUCAUUGCAGAGUCGGGAUCUUAUCGCUGACUCGAUUGAGACCGUCAUGGGGGGUCAAUGGUACGAUGCGAAUAUUAGCAUUCCCGGCUGCGACAAGAACAUGCCCGGUGUUCUGAUGGCUAUGGGUCGGGUCAACCGACCUAGUAUAAUGGUCUACGGAGGCUCUAUCAAGGCUGGCUGUGCUGCGACACAGAACAAUGCCGACAUUGAUAUUGUCUCUGCUUUCCAGGCUUACGGACAGUUCUUGACGGGUGAAAUCAAUGAAGAGAAGCGCUUUGAUAUUAUCCGCCAUGCUUGCCCCGGUCAGGGUGCUUGCGGUGGCAUGUAUACUGCAAAUACGUUGGCUAGUGCCAUUGAGAUUAUGGGCAUGACCUUGCCAGGAUCUUCGUCGAACCCGGCCGAUUCCAAGGUCAAGCAGCUUGAAUGCUUGGCUGCUGGUCAGGCCAUUAAGAAUCUCUUGGUUGAGGACAUCCGUCCAUCCGAUAUUUUGACCCGCCAGGCAUUCGAGAAUGCAAUGAUCCUGGUUAACAUCACCGGUGGCUCGACCAACGCGGUUCUCCAUCUGAUUGCCAUCGCAGACUCUGUCGGCAUCAAAUUGACUAUCGACGACUUCCAGGCCGUCUCUGACCGCACCCCGUACCUGGCUGACCUCAAGCCGUCCGGCAAGUACGUUUUCAACGACUUGUACCAGAUCGGAGGUACUCCUUCUUUGAUCAAGUUUAUGCUGAAGGAAGGCUUGAUUGAUGGAUCCGGAAUCACGGUUACUGGAAAGACCCUGGCCGAAAACGUGGAGAAUGUGCCCGACUUCCCUGCUGAGCAGAAGAUUAUCCGCCCAUUGACCCAACCAAUCAAGAGCACAGGUCAUAUUCAGAUCUUGAGGGGCAGUCUCGCACCGGAGGGCUGUGUCGGUAAGAUUACUGGCAAAGAAGGCACGGUCUUCAAGGGCAAGGCGCGCGUGUUUGACGACGAGGAUGACUUCGUUGCCGCUCUCGAGCGCAAGGAGAUCAAGAAGGAGGACAAGACUGUUGUUGUCAUUCGCUACUGUGGUCCCAAGGGUGGUCCUGGAAUGCCUGAAAUGCUUAAACCUUCCUCCGCUCUCAUGGGUGCCGGACUGGGUUCGUCCUGCGCUCUGAUCACAGACGGCCGCUUCUCCGGCGGUUCUCACGGGUUUUUGAUCGGUCACAUUGUCCCCGAGGCUGCGGUCGGUGGGCCCAUUGGACUGGUCAAGGAUGGCGACGACAUCACUAUCGACGCUGAAACGCGUGUUCUGGAUUUGCAUGUCGACGAGAAUGAGCUGGCCUCGCGCCGCAUGCAAUGGGAGGCUGAUCGUGCAGAGGGCAGGUUACCACCUACCGGGUUGACUAUGCGAGGCACACUAGGCAAAUAUGCUCGACUUGUCGGAGACGCGAGCCACGGCUGCGUGACUGAUUCUCUGGCUUAA